UCGUCGUAUUUAUCCGACUAGACAAACCUCUUUGGAUAAGUAAACUAAUAAAUACUGUUUGAAGCUGAUUGUGUCACCAAUCUUACUUGAAAAAGUUUAAGAGUGCGUUCAUUACGCACAAAACAGUUGAUGUUCAGUUAUUUUUAGUUCGUUCAUUCAUCGGUUUAUUUACGUUGACGGUCCAAAAGUUACUGAUGACAGCCGUUCGCUUUUCUCGCUCACUCCAAACGAAGAACGAGACCAUCCGAGAUUUUCCGUUCGAUUACUGUCUGCAUGUGGGUGUGUGCGUGUCAUACCUCCUCCUAAUGAAACGUGAAGCAGCAGUCGAGAUCGUCGGGUCGCUGCCUCAUCGCGAAGCGGAUUUUUCCUUUAUUUAGUUUAUUUUAAGUUGUUUCUUCGGUUCGGUUGCACUUUAGUUCGAUCGUUGACAAUGCUGGGCGCAAUUUGUGCUAAUUUUACGCUGGUUUCCGUUUGGAUUCGGUUGUGAAAAAGUGACUGAAAGUGGCAACAAUUUCCGUGGGAUGGGGAUCUUCGAAACAUAAUUCGAGAGAGUUGGGCGAAAGAAUUCAGGACACAUCCCGACGAAAGCCCGAAAGAGAGCGGUGUGUCUACGUUGGGCGUAGGUGUGAACGGGAUGCAUACAGUCAUCGUCGUCAUUGGCAAAAAUGUUGGGCGUACGGUUUUCGAAGCCGUGCGUUUGUGUUGGUGUAUGAAUGAAAAAUUGUUGUGAACGAACGGCUACCAAAGUGCGCUGGGGCUUGGCCCUUUUCCUUCAAACGUCGUCGUCUCCGUGUUUGGGAGCAAUCAUCACCCGCUAGUGCUGCAACAACAUCGAUAACAUCAGAUUUUGCUGUAGAGAAGAGUGUAAAACAAAGGCAACGUCAUACGUGUAUUCGUGGAAAUAUUAAUACAAGGCUUAUCUAAUCUGAAGCAAAAACAAGUGUAUCGGUUGACUGGCAGCAGAAAUAUUAAGUGAUCUACUAAGAAGAGUGUACAACUUGCUUGAAGAAGAGACAAUCCAACAGUAUAGUGAACCAUACCGUGGCCAGAGCAUUAUAAAAGGUCUUUUCUGGUGACUGAGCGCUUCUGCUCUGCGAGACGAUGGCAAUGAUGGUGAUUCACAGAAGCAUUAGUACCCGUUUGCGGCAGUCAGUAGUAGUGUGCAGCAAUGUGAACGUUCAAUGAAAGCGCAAACAACAAGUGAAAAUCUUCAAACAAGAAAAUAAACUAUCGGAAAAAUGGGAGAUGCCAAGGUGAAGCAACCAUACUAUGGCACUCCGCCCCAUCACCAGCAGCCGACUACUUCUAAGGCAGCCGUCGUUGGGGGACCCACAGUGACCGACAUCCAGAAAGGGAGUCCUUCCAGUUUGAAAAGUGCGAGUGGUGGUACGAAUAAGGAGGAUAACGCAGCCAAAAGUCCCAGCAAAUAUGAUCAGCUCAAAGCUCGAAAAGCUGAGCUGGAAAAGAGGCUUAACGAAAAGUAUGCCCAGCUGCAACAAAUUAAACGCGAAGAGGCUCAACUCAUUGGUAUGUAUCCGAGUGAUUUCAGUGCUGGCAUUGGAAGUCAAGAUCAAAACGGAACGGCACCCACCUUGAGGCGAAAGAUCGGUACGAGCUUUAAGCUGCCGGAAAAUCUGCUAAAUAAUAAAGAAGAUGACAUCAAUAAGCUUCUUUUGGAAAAACAGAUACAACAGCAGAUAUCGGAAGCAUCCCUUCGGUUAGCUAACGAUUCGGGUCAAUCUAAGUCGGUACGAAGGACGCACAAUCAAAACUAUGAAACUGCUCAGCAGAAGUUACUAGCAAUCAAUCAAAAUUUAAGCGUACUCAAGAAACGUCAACAGCAAGCUGCUGAGCAGCAAAAACCUCCUCCUGCAACGCGCGACGACAUAGAUAUUCAUAAAAGUAGCAACUUUAAUCGAUUUCGAUCGAACAGCAAUAGCAGCAGCAUGAUGAUGAUGAAUGUAUCGGAGCGAAGAAACUCAAUCAAAUCCAAUACAUCGUCGAAUCACUCUAGUAAUUUAAACAGCUCGAUUGGCUCCGCAUCGAAGCAACAGCAACAGCUUCUGGUACAAAUCCCUGGCCAGCAGCAUCCAAACCACUACCACUCGCAGCAGAUAUCUCCUUACUCGAUUCACUCGGGAACCCUAUCGGUAAUGCCAUCGGGUUCACAAAGUAUGACUCCUGCUGCCUCAGCUGCGAUGGUAUCUCAAUUGAGUAUGCUGAGGCAUCGCGUUAGACACGACAGCUUCAGUGGAAUGAUCAGCUACGAUCUGAGCGGUGCUUCUGGUGACACAGCUAAAUUGUCCCCUGUGAGUAGUGGCAGUGGGCACCAUCAUCAUCCUCACCCACACCAGCACUUCCAACAACAGCCACACCAACAGCAUCAAAGCGGUCCUCAUCGAUUGAACAAACUGAUCCAACAACAAUUGCACAGCUACAGUCCUCCUCCGGGUCAUCAUCCACAUGGCACUAGUCCAGGUUUCGCACUUUCACCCCCUGCCAGUGGUGGGUCGUCAUCAGCCAGUGGACAAGCCUUUGUAUAUGAUGCAAAAAUGAUCUCUAGACUACAACCUCCUCCUCCACCACCACCACCCGCUUCAACAUCCUUGAGCGACCAAUACUUCUGCCCAAACGUUCAGCCCGGCUUUAGCUAUGACCAACAACAGGAAGGAGCAUCAGCGGGUCUCGGUGGGUAUUGGAUGUUACUCGAGACCGGCGAAAAGGUGUGGUGUGCAGUAGACAACCGCUUUGCAAGCCUAGAUCGAAAGCAGGGCGGCGGCAGUAUGAAGCUUUCCCGUUCUAAGGUAAAUCAACAUGCGCAUGCUGCACCUACCAAAAGCAAUUCGAUGGGAAAUUUUGAUUUCAUCCACAAACAACAGCAACAACGGCAUCCUUCGGAAGACUCUAUUCAACCGGAUACAAUUUCGGUGACAUCUGGCUCCAGUGAACACAAAAAGCGGGAAAAGGUUUGGCGGGAAACUUCACUGGACAGCCCCGUCGUGAAGCACAAGGCUCUCCCUUCGAUAAGCGUAAAUCCUCCAGCGCUUCCUGCAUACCCAGAACCCCCGCCACCGCCACCUCCUCACCAUAGUAGUUACUCAUCGCAUUCCAACUCCGUACAAACUCCUCUACAUAUUAACACCAGUAGCAACUAUGGCUUAUCGUCGCCCUCAUCGCCUUUGCUACUGUCACCUCAGCAAAUGAUGUACUAUCAGCAGAAACAACAGCAGAUUUUAGAACACCAACGGCAACAGCAGCAACUCCGAAUAAGACAACUAGAAGAACAGAAGCAUCAAGCAUACCUAUUAGAACAACAGCAACACCAGCAGUUGCUGCAGCAAAAACAACUUCGAUCACCUCCUCAACUCCCGAAGCACCACCACUCCCAAUUCCCACCAAAUGCAUAUGCUGCCAAUCAACAACAACAACAACGGCAGCAACAACACGUGGAUCUUCUUCCUCAUUCACCUCAGUACUACGAUAGGGAAAACCAUAACCUCCCUCCCCACUACUACCAGUCCCAAGAAGCUCCUCCCCCGCAGAACAAUCUCUCCUCGCGCCACCCAGAUCUCCUCAUAUCUCCAACCCUCUCAACAUCCUCUUCCAACACUCUCACAUCCCCAACCCUACGACCGCAAUCGUCCGUUUCUCCAACGCCAUCCACAAUAACGACCACUUCCGCCGGACCGGGAUCUGGUUCGGCAUCCGGUAUCCACUCGACGCCGGACAUCCAGACGGAAUCGCCGAAAAACGUAACAGUGGUGCAGCAGGGCAAAAUACAGCCCUACAAGGAAGUUACCAAACCGUUCGAGAUGUCCGAUUUCUACAAAUACUCCACCAAGUACCGACAGAAGCAGCAGCAGCAGCAACAACAACACAUGCAGCAGCAACAUCAUCCGCAAGGUACCGGGGGAGACGACCUCAGCCCCAAUGGGAACAGUUCCGGUGCAGGGGACGUCAUUCAGAAAGUGGUCUACCAACCACCGAACCCAUCGAUAUGCCACCCCAUCAACUACAACUGAGCAGAAGUAAGUCUGAGCGGAUAAUUAUGUUUUCAUAUUGAAAAUCGUUUGUUAAGGAAUUACAACAUUUAUGAUACAGUUUG